AUGUCCUUCAUCUUAACGCUCGCGAAUCUGCUUUCCAUCGCGGCCGCCGCUAGCGGAUGGCUCAAGCUCUCCGACGGGCCGUGGAGUGCACGAGAGGGCCUGAUGGCGGUCGAGGACGCCAGCGGAAUCGUGAUGGUCGGUGGUCGGGCAAACCUCGGGCUGGCGGCGCAGCACGAUGUGUGGCGCACACCCAACGGCUCCUCUUGGGAGCGGCUUCCCGACGCACCGUUCGCAGGCCGUGCCUACCACGCCAUGCUUAGCCACGGCGCAUGCAUCUUUGUCAUGGGUGGCCAGACAGUUGCGCUGCUUGGCGACCCGUUCUUCAAUGACGUGUGGCGGUCGUGCGAUGGCGGGGAGACGUGGGACUCGCUUGGCCACGCGCCAUGGCAGCCGCGGGCCGGCUUGGCCGUUGCCACGCACAACGGGCGAAUGGUUGUCGCCGGAGGCUGUUUUGGCUCGUCCAUUGGCGCCGGCCGCAAGUUUUUGAACGACGUUUGGGCCACGAGGGAUGGAGCAUCCUGGGAGCUGCUCACUGCCAAUGCCUCCUGGUCCGCUCGUUCGGGCCCACGUCUCGUCGAUUUCAACGGGCGGCUGCUGCUCCUCGCUGGAGAGGUGGGGUUCACUGCCGACACACAGCUCGGCGACAUCUGGGAGAGUGGUGACGGCGCGACAUGGACACUCCUGACUGCCACCCCCGCAUUCUCCGCACGGUCCGGCCAUGGCGUCGUGAAUGCGGGAGGUUCGUUGCUCCUCAUCGCAGGGUGGCACGACGCCAAGUGCUUGCACGACCAGUGGCUCUCCGAGGACGGCGUCGUGUGGCGCAUGGUGUCCAACGCCACCUGGGCCUGCACUGCCGACGCCUGCGGAAGAUUUGACUUUUGGCCGGUGGCGACGAGCAGCGGGCUGCUCCUCACGCUGGGCGGGUCGAACGCCUACUCCACCUUUGGCAAGCUGUGGGCGGAAACGUGGGCUCUCCCGCUCUUGGGAGGGGGGAGGCCGCUGCGGGGCGGCUCCGUCGCUAUGCAUUGA